UGUGUGUAUGUGUCUGUUUCUAUAUUAUCUGUGUGUUUUAGUGUGGGCUUUUUUUACCUUAACCUUAUCGUCGGGCAUUUUUGCCUAUACACACAAUUGGAUUGAAUUUUUUUCGAUCAAUAAUGGCUAAUUAUUAUUAGUGAACCAUCUUAGUAUCGCAUCCAUCAACAAAAAUGUCUUAUAUGCGAUCAUCAUACAAGGCAUCAUCAUCAUCAUCAUCAUAUCGAUAUAGUAGUGGAAAUGAUGGCCUAGGAACUGGUAGUUCAACAUCCGCUUCACGAUUUCGAACAUCAUUCACAUCCGGUGAUGAUGAUAUUGGUGGUGGCGGUAGUAGUAGUUUUGGAACCUAUUCAACACGUCGAACAUCCAAUUAUGAACCAACAUCAUUAAGAAAUAUAGAUGAUGAUCUGGGAACAUCAUCCAUCGGUAGACGUUCGUAUCAAUCAUCACGAUUUACUACUGCCAGUCAUUUAGAUUCUGAUUAUGAUAUGACCGGCGAUAGUUCAACAAGUCGUUAUUCAUCAAGUAAAUAUAAAAUAACCAGCAUCGAUGAUGAUGAUGAUGAUUUGGGCAGCAGCAGAAUCACUAGUCGUAAAUAUUCUCGUUACAGUAGUCGAGAUGAUAAUGAAGGAGGUAUCACAGGCACGACUACCACCAGUCGUAUAUCACGAUAUUCAAGCUUAGAAUCACCUGGUGAUGAUGAUUAUGGCUUAUCUUCAAUGACAAGUUCAUCAACAAGACGUCGUACUAAACUUAGUUAUCUCAAUGAAGAUGAUGAUGUCGAUAAUGAUGAUGAUGGACGAUUUACAAGUUCACGUAAAUCAUUUCGACCAUCAUUAAGUUAUGAUGUAAAAUCGCCAUCAAUAAUCGAUGAUAAUGAUAAUCGAUUUUCAUCAUAUUCCGAUAGACGGCGUAGUACCGGUGUUACGUCCUCUAUAAAUCGUUCAUUAUCUCGAAUGGAUUCAAAAGAGGCUCAGAUAUAUCAAGUGAUUCUGGAUUAUAAGCCACCACGUAGUGCUACCGAUGAAAUCUGUCUAAAAGAAGGUCAAGAUGUGAUUGUGUUAAGCAAGGAUAAGCCACACAAAUGGAAAGUACGAACGAGAAAAAGUGUAAAUUUUCCGAAAAUCGAAGAAGGUUUCGCUCCAUCAGCCUAUCUAAAACCGACUAAUGAAAAACUUGAUGCCAAUGAAUCUGCAUCAUUACCAUCAGCAUCAUUGACAAUGGAAACCGAACGACCGAAAUCGGAUCAAACAAAAGAUUUAAAUAAGAAAAAAGACAUGAUUGUUCGCGAAUUAAUAGAAACAGAAGAAGACAUGAUACGAGAUAUGCAAUUUGUUGUUCGUACAUAUAUUCGACAAUCAGAUUCAUCUAUUACGCCAAAAGAAAUUCGAUCAGUCAAAGAUGAUAUAUUCCAUUGUUAUAAGGAAUUACUUGAAUUUCAUAAAGAUAUAUUGCUCAAAAAUUUCCAAACAUUGGCUAAAGAGCCAAGCAAGAUUGGUACAUUAUUCCUACGUAUUCAAUCGGAUUUCAUAAAUCAUAGCCGAUAUUGUCAAAAUCUACCGAAAGCAUUGGCCAUCCUGGAUGAUAAUUCUGAUGUUGCCGAAUAUUUUAAUAAUUAUUCAGUCAAAAUUAGGGAUGAAAAGCCUUUGUCUGAUCGCUUGAAACUACCAUUACAACGGCUCAAUGAUUAUCAACUAUUGUUAAAGGAGCUAUCGAAAAAUUUAUCACGCCUGGACGAAGAUGUUAGUGAUCUGGAAAAAGCAAUCAAAGUGGUAGCAUCCAUACCCGAUGCUGAAAUUGAAGAUGAAAACAAAUCUUUCGACACAGCGACAUUGGACAAAAAUGUUGAUUUCAAUUUGCCCACUGGUUCAUCCGAAAAGCUUAGUAAUCUUCUUAAGAAUGUUUUACAGGCCAAAGAUUUCUUUGAUGUAAUUGAUACGGAUGGUACCACUCGUGAACGAUUCAUUUUCUUUUUCAAAUCUCGUAUGUUUAUCACUGAAAUUAAUAAAAAUCUAACCGCUGAUCAACGAACGUAUAAUGUUGAAAAAAUUAUCAAGUUGCCGCAAGUGGAAAUCAGUGAUGAAGAUGCCAAUACAUUGAUCAUUAAAUCAAAAGAUACCUCGGAUUCAAAUUUUCCCAUACGGUUACGAUGUCAAGACCAGGAACGAAUCAAAUCCUGGUUAAAGAUGAUUAAUUCAUUGCCAAGUAAAAAGCGAAGAAGAAUUUGUCGAGGAUCAAAUAAAGUUACCUUUUGUCACACAGUCUCAAGAAAAAAGCAGGAGCCCAAACAGAAUUUGACUGAUGAGAAUAAUAAUAAAAUAUUGGAAGAACGAUCUAGAUUUAAAGAUUCAAGACCACCUGAUCAGAAACCCGAGCAAGAAAAAAGUAAAGCACCUGAAGAAGUAAAUGAAGAACCGAUUCAAACAAAAAUAGUCAAACCAAUAACAGCGGAAAAAGUCGAUUCAACAGCGGUGGAUACACCAACCAAAUAUGCCAUCGUUAGAGAUUUGAAAUCCGAAACCAAACAAGUAGGCGAUAUGGCCACUUUUCAUUGUCAAGUUACACCCGGUACCACUAAUGUUCAGUGGUUGAAAGAUAAUGCUGUCUUAUCCGGGACAAAUUAUCGAACCUAUAAGAAAGGUGACAGCUACUUUCUUGAACUUAAUAAUCUGACUAUCGAUGAUAAUGGUAUCUAUACGUUUGUUGCGUCUGAUUCGAAAACAUCGGUUGCAUCCAGUUCAACAUUAAACGUUCUUUGCGGUGAUUCACGUCCAACUAGUCCAGGAGGUUCAUUUCUGCCUCAUCCACCGAAAUUCAAAGUUAAACUCAAGGAUACUGAUUUAUUGGAAGGCGCCAGUUGUGUACGCUUUGAAUUGAUUGUUCGAGGCCUACCAAUACCGAUAGUUCAAAUUUUCAAAGAUGAUCGAUUGCUAGAAGUUAAUGACCGUGUCCAAGUGCUUUUUCAAUCAAAAGAAGUGUUUGAAAUCGUCCUGACGAAUGUUUGUCAAAGUGAUGCUGGUGUAUAUCGAUGUGUUGCAACCAAUCCUGAAGGACAGGCUGAAACUUCUGGCAGAAUAACCGUUACGAAGAAUAAGGAUGUUUUCUUUGGUCUGGACGAGAAUGCCCCAAUACCGCCAAGAGAUCCAUACAGUCCUCGUUGUAUGUCACCUGCAUUUAAAUGGUUCAAAGAUGGUAAAGAAUUCGAAGCAAGUGAACGUUUUCAGGUUCAAUUCGAUGACCAAGAAGAUACGGUUGCAUUAAUAUUUCAGCAUGUAACACCGGACGAUGCUGGCCUAUAUACGUGUGUUGCAUCCACUUGUAGUGGGAAAAUCUCCUGUCAUGCUGAACUUAAUGUUCAAGGUGUUGUGGAACAGCUACCGAAACCGCCUAUAGCUCCAAAAUUCCUCAAAGAAUUGUCUAAUGUUGAUGUGUGUAAAGGUCAAAAUGUUGCGUUGCUCGAAGCCCAAGUAAUUGGCUAUCCGAAACCAGUAAUUUCCUGGUACAAAGAAGAUCGUAAAAUUGAAUCUAAUGAUCACUACAAAAUGAUGGCCGAAGGUGAAGAAAACGUUACAUUGAUGAUUAAAAAUGUCAGUGCUGAAGAUGCAGGAAAGUAUCGACUUCAGGCUGAAAAUCAAUUGGGCAUGAUUGAAUCAUCGGCCGCUUUAGCUGUUGUCAAACAACCAGAAUUUACUAAAGCUUUGGAUCGUAUAGAAGUCAACGACAAUCAACAACUGGUCAUUGAACAAACAUAUGAUGCAGUACCGGCACCUACCACUGUUAAAUGGCAAAAAGAUGGCCAAGAUUUGCCCGCAUCCAAACGAAUUCAAAGUUCAAUCGAUGCUGACAAACAAAUUGUACGACUAGUAAUAGAUAAAGCAACAUCAGAAGAUGCUGGCAACUAUGUAUGCAUGAUUGCUAACAAUCUUGGAACAGCCAAACAGAACACACAAGUUUUGGUCAAAUCAUCGGCUCCAAAGUUCCUACGGAAAUUAGAAGCUAUUCAGGUUAAAGAACACGAGAAAGCUAUAUUCACUGCUCAAUAUGAUGCUGCAGCAACUGGUACUCGUGUAGAAUUCUAUAAAGAUGAUCGUCUUAUUAAAUUGGAUGAACGUAUUCAACUUAAACAAGAAAAAGAUGGUCAUUUCUCUUUGAUCAUUGAUGAUGCAUCUACCGAUGACGAGGGCAAAUAUAAAUGCAAAAUAAAAAAUGAUCAAGGUUCCGACGAAGCUGAUGCUAAUUUGGUCGUAAUCAAACAGAAUGCUGCCCCUGAAUUCAAAGAGAAAUUACAAGAUUUACAAGCUCAAGUGAACGAUGAAAACAUUCAACUUGCAGUGAAAGUGGAUGGACAACCACGACCUGCUGUACAAUGGCUUCAUGAUGGAAAACUCAUUAGUCAAUCCAGUAAUGAUUUACCCUAUAAAAUUAUCGACAAAGAUGACAGCUCAAUUUUGAUCAUACCAAAAGUGGCUGCUGAACAUGCUGGCCAAUAUGUCUGUCGUUCAGAAAAUGCUCAAGGUCAAGCUGAAACUGCCGCUGAAUUAAUCGUAAAAUGUGCACCCUAUGUUGUCAAACAUCUAGGCAAUGUCGAAUCAAAUGUGGGCCAAGAAGUUAAAUUAACGGCCAUCAUCAAAGGCAUUCCAAAACCAGAUGUUGUGUGGACAUGUAACGAUAAGAAAAUUGUGGCUACCAAUAAAAAAACCGAAGGAUAUGAUGAAGCUAACUGUGAAUAUUCAUUGGUCAUUUAUAAAUUUCAGGAUGAUGAUGCUGGUGAAUACAUGAUUAAAGCCACCAAUCACCUUGGUCAAUGUGAAUCAAAAGCACAGGUUCAGGUGGCAUCCAAACCGCUUUUCAGCAAAGUGUUGAAGAAUAUCGUUGCUAAAGAAAUGCAAAGCAAUGUAGAAAUGGUAGUACAAUUGGAUAAAAGUUCCAGUAAGCCAUUGGUAAAAUGGUAUAAAGAUGAUAAAGAAAUCAAAGAUUCGGAUAAAAAUUACAAAAAAAUUGAAGAUAAAAUGGACAAUUCAUACAAAUUGAUCGUAAUGAAAGCCACUGAAGAAAUGGUUGGUAAAUAUAAAUGUGUAGCAUCGAAUGAUUUUGGUGCCACUGAAACGGCCGCACGAUUUGAUUUGCUUGCUCCACCUCGAUUCAUCAAAGGAUUACAGGAUGUAGACAUUAUGGAAGGUAAUAAUGUUUCGAUGACCGUACAAUUGGCUGGAUUUCCAAGACCUGAAGUUACAUUCUACAAAGAUGGUGAAGAGAUCAGUACAUCUGCUCAUGUGGUUAUCCGUAAAGAAAUGGAUGAUAUUUAUCAAUUUGAAAUUGAAAAUAUCCGUAUCAUAAUGAGUGGUGAAUAUGAAUGUCGAAUCAAGAACGAAGCUGGUGAAGCAUCAACCAAAGGUGUUAUUACGGUUAGUUCGAAACCACAGUUCUUGAAAAAUCUAACCGAUCAAGUUGUGAGCACUGGUGAUGAUAUUCGAUUAGAAGUGACAGUUACUGGAGAACCAUCACCACAGAUUAAAUGGUUUAUCAAUGGUAAAGAAGCCAAAGGUAGUGAACGAAUCCUUUUCGAUGCUCGUGAAGAAUCAUACAGUAUGAAGGUGCCAAAUGCACAGGAAUCUGAUUCUGGCACUUAUCAUUGUUUAGCAUCGAAUAAAAUUGGUGAACAAAUGUCUGAUAAAGCUGAGAUUAAAGUGAUGACCAGUAAUACUUCUCCGGUGAUUUCAAAACCAAUUCAAGAUUCAGCCAUUGUAAUUGAUGAUAAUGUACGUUUCGAAACCGUCAUUACUGGUGUACCAAAACCAGAUAUAAUAUGGACAAAAGAUUCAAUUCCACUUAAACCAAAUGAUCAUAUUCUCAUCAAAACUGAUGGUGAUACACAUACGUUGAUUAUGAAGAAUUGUACACAACAGGAUUCCGGUGUUAUUGGUUGCGAAGCUAAAAAUGUGGCCGGUACCUUGAAACAAAGUGCUCAACUUGAAGUAGAAGAGCCAACAAUUCCUACCAUCAAUGGUCUUGAUGAUAAACGUGUUGUCGAUGGUGAACCGAUACGUUUCGAAUCCAAAAUUACUGGUUUUCCUAAACCAAUUGUUGAAUGGUUUCAUGGAGAAGAUCUACGACCGAUCACUGAAACAGAUGAUCUAGCUAUUGUUUGUGAACCUAAACGAAAUGUAUAUGGUAUUGAUUUCCAAUCGUUUCCUUCAAAUAUGGCUGGUCCAUACGUAUGUCGUGCUACAAACAGUGCUGGUACGAUUGAGAAAAAUUUUGCUGUCGAAAUUGGUGGUAAAAAGCCAACUUUCAUCAAAGAAUUGGAUGAAACACAGAUUGUCAUGUCGGUGGACAAACAAAACAAUAAAUUGAAAUUGGGUCAAAGUGCUAUAUUCGAAACAAUUGUUGAUGGUGUUCCUACGCCCGAUGUUCAAUGGCUUAAAAAUGACCAACCAUUAUUGCCAUCUCCACGUGUACUGAUCGAUUCGAAUGAUAUGGAACAUAAACUGGAAGUGAAGACCAUCACCAAAGAUGAUGUUGCCAAAUAUACAUGUAAAGCAACAAACAAAUUUGGUGAAGCACAAACAGUUUGUUUGCUAAAAUUUCUGAAUGAACCGCACGAACCAAUCAUCAAGAAACCAUUGGAAGAUGUGAAAUUAGAAGAAGGUGAAGAUCUAAAAUUGUUUUGUAAAGUAGAUGGUGAACCAAUGCCAGCUGUUCGUUGGAUGAAAGAUAAACAACCAUUGGAACAAAGUUCAGAUAGUCGAUUGACGCUAGCAUCCAAUAAGGAUGGCAGUACACAAUUAGUUAUCGAAAAAGUACAAAGAUCUGAUUCAGGUCAAUAUCAUGUGGAAGCCGAGAAUGCUAAAGGCGUUGCUUCUACCGAAGCUAAAGUUUUGGUUGUCGAACCACAACGUCCGCCAUCAUUCCCUGAACCAUUGAAAGAAUUGGUACAAGUUGAAACGAAUAAACCAUUAAUAUUGGAAGCACAAGUUUUUGGAUUACCUCCACCCAAAAUUGAAUGGCUCAAAGAUGGAAAACCAAUCGGAAAAAGCCCCAGAAUACAGCUGGUCAAAUCGGACGAAGGCAAAUGUCAGUUACAAAUUAAUCAGGCCAAACCUCAAGAUGCUGGUGUUUACACAUUGAAAGCUACAAAUGCUAACGGUGAAAUGUUAACCGAAUCGAAAGUAGAAGUAACACCUGAACCAUAUGCUCCGUUAUUCGUUGAAGAUUUACCAGUCAAAUUACAGGUGCAAGUGGGCGAACCAAUUGAAAUACGUUCUAAAGUACAGUCAUAUCCAGCUGCCAAAGUGACCUGGAUGAAAGAUAAGAUUCCAUUAUCAUCAGCUAUUGAUGAACGAAUCAAAAUUACCGAUGAUGAUCAAGGGCAGACUUGUCUAGCGAUUCAAUCUGCUAAGCCAGAAGAUCAAGGAACCUAUACGUUAAUGGCUGCUAAUCUGAUUGGUGAAACUUCUGUCAGCACCAAAGUUGAGGUUGCCCAACCACAGCAACCGAUCACGGAAGAACCAAUGGUUGCUAAAGAUAAAAAAGAUGUCGAAAAAACCAAACCUGAACCAGAAAUCACUAUCAAAGAAGGUAUGCCAAAUCAACAGAAUGUAGCCGUUGGUCAAGAUCUUCAAUUAUCGAUGAAAUUAUCGACAACUGGCCCAGCUUCUGCUAUCAAAGCAAAUGAUGUUCGCAUUUACAAAGACAAUAUUCCAUUGCAAAAAGCCGAUGUUAAUGAUUUGAAAAUUAACGAUGCUGGUGAAGUACAAUUUACCCAUGUGAAAUGUUCUCCACAGGAUAGUGGAUUAUAUCGAAUUGAAAUCGAAACGCCCACUCAAAAUUUAAGCAAUUCUUGUUUGGUCAAUGUUGUUUCUGAUAAUGACCAAGCAGCCAAAGAUGGAGCGAAAGAUUUAGCGAAAUAUCCACUGAAAUUUGAACGGGAAUUAUCUGCUGUACAAGUCGAAUCAGGCCAACCUUGUCGUUUACAAUGUGCUGUUGAUUUGACCAACGGUUUGAAUGUCAAUGAUUUGAUCGUUGCCUGGUUCAAAGAUGGAGAAGAAUUAUUACCUGGUGAACAUCAUGGUUUCGUAAAAGAACCAAAUGGAACCAUUGCUCUUCUCAUUGAUUCAUUUGCGACCAAAGAUGUUGGUGAAUAUCAAGUGAAAAUCAUGGACAAACAAGGCACAACGAUUUUCAGUGCCGCUCGAGCUUCCCUUAAAGCGGCUGAAGCUAAAACAAAACCAGAAAUUGUGGAAGGACUAAAUGAUACGAAAGUAGAUGAAGGCAGUCAAUUGUGUCUCAAAUGUCAUUUGGCAACUCCGUUGCCCACACCUAUUCAAACUAAAUGGUAUUGCAAUGGAAAAGAAUUACAGGAAACAGAUUCAAUCAAAUUUCUCAACUUUCCCGAUGGAACAGUCUUGCUUCAAAUGAGUAAGAUUGAAUCAGCAAAUUCUGGCCAAUACAAAGUGGUAAUAUCAAAUCAGCAUGGUGAUUCUACAAGCGAAGCAAAAGUUUCCAUCAUGAAACCAGUACAAACGACUGUCAAACCUACGAUGCGUAAAGGUUUAGAAUCGACAACUUUGAUAGCCGGUGAACCAGGUGUCAUUGAAUUUCAAGUUGAUUGUGGUGCUGACAACGAUAGUGGUGACAUUAAAUUCUUGCUUGGAUCUCAAUUGAUCACACCAGAUGAUCGUAUACACGUACAACGAUUACCAGAUGGUACUAUACGACUUAAAUUUGAUCAAGUCAAAUUAACCGAUGGUGGUACAUAUACGGCCAUAUUCAAAAAUGAUGGUGGCGCAAUCGAGACUGGCUGUCAGAUUACUGUACAUUCAAAACCAGUAAUCCUCAGUCCAUUGGAAGAUAUGAUUGUGAAGGAGAAAUGUUCAACCAAAUUUGAAGUGAAAAUUGAGGCCAACCCUGAAGCAGAUAUUGUAUGGAUGCGUAAUGGUUCCAAGAUUCAAAUUGAUGGUAAACACUAUUCAACUGGCAAAACAAAUGACAAUACAUACACAUUGACAAUUAAUGAUUGUGUUCAUCGUGAUAAAGCUGAAUACACUGUAAAAGCAACAAAUGAUCUUGGAACGGCUACAUCUAAAGCUCAUUUGGAUAUUCUUUAUGGCAGUGAAUUUGAAGAAUGUCCACCGACAUUCACUGAACAACUAAAUGAUCUGAGCGCUGGUAAAGGAGAUGCCGUUCAGCUUAAGGCUAAAAUCAAAUCUCAUCCGGUACCGAAAAUUGUAUGGAAAAAAGAUGGACAAGAAUUACAAAUGUCACCAGAUAAAGUGUUCACCUCUUUCAACGGUGAAGAUAUUGAAUUGACCAUAUUGAAUUUCGAUAAAUCAGAUGUUGGUAUCUAUGAAGUUUGUGUGGGAAAUUCGUUAGGUCAAACCAGUUCGACUGCUCGUGUUGUUGAACAUGCAAUGACUAAACCACAAUUUGUUCGAAAAUUAUCCGACUUGGAAGCUCGGCCAGGUUCGGAAACAAAAUUAACAUGUCAAGUAGAAGGAUAUCCAUUGGCCGAUAUCCAAUGGACAUUCAAUGGUCGACCUAUUGAAAGUGGUUCAAAGUAUUCUAUCACUCGUGAUGAUCACAAUGGCAAUCAAAUGUUGACCAUCUUCGAACCUACUUUGGCCGAUUCUGGUAUCUAUGAAUGUGUGGCCACCAAUCAAGUUGGAUCGGAUAAAACAUCAUCGAAUGUUUUGUUUGGUGAAAAAGCAGGUGAAGCAGCUCAUUUUAUCACCAAAUUGCAAGAUUGUGAUUGUUCCAAAGGAUCAACAUGUCGUUUCACUGCCUGUGUUGUUGGUAAUCCAACACCAGAUUUCAAAUGGUUUAAAGAUGAUAAAGAAAUUACAAUCGAUGGCUCAAAAUACAUUUUCCAAUGCAAUCCAAAUGGAAUGAUAACGUUUGAAAUUCAUAAUAUUGAUGAUGGAGACAUUGGCCGAUAUCGAUGCAUGGCUAGUAAUAAAUUUGGCAGCGAUAAUUCUAUUGGACAACUAAAUUACGAGACCACCAUUAAUGGUUUAGAUCGAAUGCAACAAUCACAUAAAUCAAUGAAAAGUGCACAACGAAUCAAAGAUGCUGCUGAUGAAUUAUCAUUUGGACAAUCAGGCGUGCCAAAAGCAUUAUGUGAUAAGCCUAUUAUUACGAAAAUGAUUGAUAACAGUCUUACCUUGAUAUGGUUUCCAUCAAUUCCUGAACAACCCCGUUUUCCUGUUUCCUAUGUGGUUGAAUUUUCAAAAAUUUCCGAUGGCAUUUGGAAUGUUUGUCAUGGCAACAUUAAGGAUUGUAAAUGUGACAUUGUUGGUCUUGAACCAUUUGAAGAUUAUGGAUUUCGUGUACGUGUAGAAAAUAAAUUUGGUAUAAGUGAUCCAUCACCAUCGGCCACUGCAUUCCGAUCACAAUUGAAAGAUGAAGAAGCCACUGAAAAAGCUGCAAAAGAAACGAAGAAAAAACCAGAUGAUUAUUAUUUGGAACAUCGUCCACCUGAAAAAGUUGCUGCUGCACCCACUUUUGUCCGAGAUGAACAUGAAUCAAUGUUUGGUGUGAUUGGACAACCGGUUACAAUAGAAUUCUGGGUUUAUGGAUAUCCAGAACCUGAGAUUGAAUGGUUUUUUGGUGAUCAUAAGAUUGAUAGCAAUGAUCAACGUUUCAAAUUCAUGAAAGAUCGAAAUGGUAAAACAUGUUUAUUCAUCAAUCGAAUGACCGAUUCUGAUGCUGGAUAUUACACUUGUGUGGCUAAAAAUGAACAUGGUGAAGAGAAAAAAACGAUCAAAGUUGUAAAAGCAGAUGCUCCAAAAUUCAUAAAAUUAUUGGAUGAAACAAAUGCUAUUGCUCGAAAUCAUAUUCGCCUGUCAUGUUCGGUAAUGUCAUCACCGCAAGCAACAAUCAAAUGGUUCAAAGAUUUUCAACCAUUACAUGAUACUAGUCGAUUAAAAAUUGUUGGAGAUACAGAUAAUCUGUCCAUUGUAAUCAAUGAUGCUAUUGUUCGUGAUAGUGGUUUAUAUUCAUGUACGGCUACUAAUUUUGCCGGUUCGACUACAACUUCGGCUUAUGUAACCGUACAGGAACAACAGAUCAGCUAUGAUAAAUAUCCAUUUAGCUAUAAAGAUGCAAUGAAACCGAAAAACAAACCAAUGGAACAAUUAUAUGAUAUUGGUGAUGAAUUGGGCCGUGGUACACAAGGUGUUACCUAUCAUACUGUUGAACGUUCUACUGGAAAAAGUUAUGCUGUAAAAAUGAUGCAUGGAACCGGUGAAAUGCGGCAAUUUAUGAAUUCAGAAUUGGACAUUAUGAAUCAAUUAGGUGCUCAUGAACGCCUGGUACAAUUACACGAUUGUUUCGCUAGUACACCAUAUUCAAUGUCAUUGAUAACCUCCAUGAAUGGUGGUGGAUCAUUGAUGGAUUUCGUAAUGAGAAAAGGCACAAUCAGUGAACAAGAAGUUGCCGAAUACAUUAAGCAGAUUCUUGAAGGAUUGCAUUAUAUGCAUUUCAAAAAUAUUGGUCAUCUUGGCCUUACUAUCAACGAUAUUCUAAUGGAACGAAUCGAUGGUCCAGAUAUAACCAUCUGUGAUUUUGGACUAGCUCAACGCCUGACACCCGGUGCAUCAGUCUAUGUGGAAUUUGGACAACCCGAAUUCAUUUCACCUGAAAUUGUCGAAAAGAAUGCCGUCACGUUGACCACCGAUGUUUGGUCAGCCGGUAUCGUUGCCCAUAUUCUUUUGACCGGUAUAUCACCAUUCUUGGGCGAAAAUGAUCGUGCCACAAUGCAUAAUAUCCAGAACAAGAAUCUUGAUUUAUCCGAUGAUAAACUUGGUCACAUUUCUGAACAGGGUCGUGAUUUCCUGAGGAAAACAUUGAAUUUCAAUGCCACUGAACGUUUAGAUGUGAAACAAGCGUUGAAUCAUCCAUGGAUUAAAUCAAGUUUACAUUCACCAUAUAAAUCUUCCUUGGACAUUAUGGAUAAGCUACGUGAUUAUAAGAAUAGUUCAUAUAAAUGGUAUCAGAAUGCAUCGUGUCGUCGAUACUAUCGCCGUCGACCACUGCAUUCAUGUUAUACACAUCCAAGUCGAAUGAUUUAUCCACCUGGCGAACAAUAUAGUCCUUUAGUAUCACCGGAACGAGAAAUCAAAAGAUUUCAACGAAAUGUUGCACCAUUCGAAAAUGUUUAUCCACCAAAUCAAACAUUUGGUGCAGAGAAUUUUACAUCCGAAAGUCAUUAUCAAUGUGGCCCAGACACUUAUCUUUUACAGCUUCGUGAUACAGAUUUUCCUGCACGUAUUCGUCGAUAUUUGAAAAUUGCUGCUGCCAAUAGUCCAAUGAUGGCUUCGAAUCUACAACAAGCUCAUUGGAGCCGUACAUCAUAUGUACCGGCCGGUACAUUUUCACAACCAUCGAUCAAAGAACGUCGUAAAUUUACCGACAUUAUGGACGAAGAAAUAAAUGAUGAAAUGCGCGGUAAACCGGGUCGUAAACCUAAACGUUUAGCAAGAGAAGUUGGAACUCCAUUGUAUUUACAUGGCCAAUUGAAAACAUUGAAAAAAGAAACUGGAAUCUCUAAACCCGAAACGAUUGAUAAUUCUGAUUUUGUAAUGCCAUUUUUCCGGGAAAAACUUCAAGAUACAUCUUUUCAAGACGAUGGAAGAGUGGUAUUCACUUGUUAUGCUAUAGGCUUGCCUACACCAUCAUACACUUGGUUCCGGAAUGAUUUGAUUGUUAUCGAAACAAAUCGAACCAAAGUGAAAAGAUUAGAUGAUGGUCGCUGCCAAUUGAUUUUGGAUCCAGCCAAAGAAUAUGAUUGUGGCGUUUAUAGGUGUGUUGCACGUAAUACCCUAGGCUCUGUGGUAAGCAGAGCACGUCUAUCGAUUGGUGAUGUUCCAAACAAUGUUGGCGCUCCUUCAAUCAAAGAUUAUUCGAACCAUGAUGUCUAUUUGCAAUGGUCAACACCAAAACAUGUAGCUGAUGCUCAUAUAGAAUCGUAUCGAUUAGAAAUGAAAAAAUUUUCCACUUCUGAAUGGUCAAUCGUCGAUUCGAAUAUUCAUCAAGAAUUCUACCUGGUCACCGGUCUUGAACCAAAUGAAUCAUAUCAAUUUCGAUUAUCAGCAAUGAAUAAAUUUGGAAAUAGUGAUCCAAGCCCACCAAGUGAACCUGUCACUAUGUUAUCUGCUGAUGAUGCUAGCAUAAAAACUAUCGCUUUACCAAUGGCCAUGCAAUUCGUUUGUAAUGAUUUGAUGGAAACGAAAUCGACUCCAAUCGAUUACAAUCAAGAAGUUCAACCAAUACAAUUGAUUAAAUCUGAAUUUAAAGAACUUUAUGAUUUUAAAUCAAUAAUUUCUACAGGAAAAUUCUCUGUUAUUGCUCGUGCUUACAUUAAAGAUGGUAGCAAGAAAACAUUGGCCUGUAAAUGUGUUCUUGUCCAAAGUGAAUCAGAAUCAUCGAUUAAUCAUGAAUAUGAAAUUCUUAAAUCGCUAGCACAUGAAAGAAUCGCCAGAUUAAUGUAUGCCAAUCGUGAUGGUAAUCUUUUCACUUUGGCUAUUGAACUAUGUUCUGGUUUAAAUGUUCUCACAUAUAUUUGUCGACGACAAUCAUAUAGUGAACAACAUGUGGCAACCAUACUUUGUCAGGUUUUAGAUGCCAUACAAUAUUUACAUUUUCGUGGUAUUGGCCUAUUGGAAUUACAACCAGAUAAUGUACUUGUUAUAAGUGAACAAAAUCUACAAAUUAAAUUGACGGAUUUUGCCAAUGCACGAUACAUCAAUUCCAAUCACACUAGUAGUGCUAAUACAAAUAAUUUGACAAUUUCCGCUAAUCCAGAAUAUAUUGCACCGGAAUUAAUUCGAAAUGAACCAGUGACGCUUCCAUAUACGGAUGUAUGGACAGUGGCGAUAUUGGCAUACAUUUUGCUUAGUGGCCAUUCACCAUUCAAAGGCCAUGAUUCACAAGAAACGGCUGAAAAUGUUGUUUUCGUCAGAUACCUUUUCGAACGUUUAUAUCCACGAGUUACACAAGAAGCAAUUCGAUUUUUGUUGUCUGUUUUUAAAUUAACACCACAUAAACGACCCACAAUCGAAGAAUGUUAUGAAAGCAAAUGGUUAUUACCGAAUGAAUUUAUGAUGAAAAAACGUGAAGCAGCAUUGUUUGACACGAAUCAAAUGCAAAUAUUUACAAAACAAUUUAUGGAUGAUAAAUCUUCAUCAAAGCAUUCUCGUUUACUUGAUUUGAUUGGAUUGAAUGAAUGAAUGAAUGAUCAUCUAUUUUUCAUCAGAUAAUCAUCAACUUUAUAGCUAUUGCUCAAUCAACAAAAAUCUGUGAAUGAAUGUACGUUAUCAUUAUUUUUUUUGUAUAACCUUACCCAUCUUUAACCAUACACACACACACACCACCGAUUAUUUAUAACUCUUUUUCUCUAAAUCUAAACCAUUAAUAUCAUCAAUUGAAUGAUAAUGUAUAACCAAUAUCUAUCUAUAGUGUACGGUAUUUUCUAGUCAGAAAAAAACAAACAAACAAACAAAAACAAAACAGAC